AUAAAUAGCUAAGAAUAUACAAGUCUUUCUCACUGCAAUUUCUCAGCAUUUUAAAUAUUCCUCUCUUCACACACUCUCUGCCUACUCAAUUAUAAUUUAAAAAUUCCCAAUCAAACAAACAAAAUGAAGCAAAAGGUUGUUAUUAGACUAUCUUUGAAUGGAAACGAUCAGAAAUGUCGAACCAAGGCCUUCAAGAUUGCUGUUUCUCAAUCAGGUGUGGAAUCAGCAGCUAUAACAGGGGACGGAAAGAAUCAACUAGAAGUUGUGGGAGAAGUAGACGCGGCGGCUCUAACGAGCUUAUUGAGGAAGAAUUUGGGUCACGCGGACUUGGUGAGCGUUGGCCCGGCUGGUGGCGAUAAAAAGCCCGCAGCUGCAGCUGCAGCUACAGCUGCUGCUGCGGUGGUACAGUCGCAGCCCGGCUCGUAUUAUUAUGCCUAUCCGUCUUAUCAGUACCCUGUUUACCAUGUUACAGAUUCUUAUGGUCAAUCUAAUUGUUCCAUUAUGUGAAACAGAGGGAUCCAAGAUAUAAUAAAAAUGUAUUUACGGUCAAAUAUUUAUUAAUAUGUUGAUAGAUAUUAGCGAGUUUGAGCAAAAGCUAUUGGGUUCAUGUGAACCUGAACGAGACAAAAAAAAUGAUACUGGAAGGUCAAAACAGAGUAUCAUUUUAAGUUUUUUUUUGCUCGUUCAGAGAGCUUAAUGGACUAUCUAGUAGAUGAAGAGUUUUUUUUUUUUCCUAAAUCUGUUUCAAGUAAUAAAAUAUUUGAAUUUUGUAGUG